AUGGUGGUUCUCAGAAAAGGUGAACAUAUAUGGUUGGAAUCCCCUUCAGGCAGUGAGUUUAAUGUGCCCAUUGGGGCCAUUGUCAAGAUUUCAGACUCAGGACGUCACUUGGUGGAGGAUGAUGAAGGCAAGGAACACUGGAUCACAGCUCGGAACAUCGGUACUGUACGACCAAUGCAUCCUACCUCCAUUCAAGGAGUUGAAGAUAUGAUACGCCUCGGAGACUUGAAUGAAGCUGGCAUGGUGCACAACCUCCUUAUCCGUUACAAGCAGAACAAAAUCUAUACCUACACAGGCUCUAUCUUAGUAGCCAUGAAUCCGUAUCAAGUGCUGCCACUAUAUACCAUGGAACAAAUCAGACUCUACUGUAACAGGAGAAUUGGAGAACUGCCACCUCAUGUCUUUGCCAUUGCUGACAACUGUUAUUUCAACAUGAUGAGAAAUAAAAGAGACCAAUGUUGUGUUAUCAGUGGAGAAUCUGGAGCUGGGAAGACAGAAAGCACAAAACUGAUACUGCAGUUUUUAGCUGCAAUUAGUGGCCAACAUUCCUGGAUUGAGCAACAGGUUCUAGAGGCCAAUCCCAUCUUAGAAGCUUUUGGAAAUGCCAAGACCAUUCGAAAUGACAACUCAAGUCGCUUUGGGAAAUACAUUGACAUUCACUUCAACAAGGAUGGGGUGAUAGAAGGAGCCCGGAUAGAACAGUUUCUUCUGGAGAAGUCUCGAGUGUGUCGCCAGGCUCCAGAGGAAAGGAACUAUCACAUCUUUUACUUCAUGUUAAUGGGAAUGAAUCUGGAACAGAAGAAGAUGUUGAAUCUGGGCAAUGCUUCUGAGUACACUUACCUCACUAUGGGUGAAUGCACUUCCUGUGAAGGCCGUAAUGAUGCCAAGGAAUAUGCUCAUAUUCGUUCUGCUAUGAAGAUCCUAAUGUUCUCUGAUUCUGAGCACUGGGACAUAAGCAAACUGCUGGCAGCCAUUUUGCAUCUGGGGAAUGUGGAAUUUGAAGCUGCUGUGUGUGAAAACUUGGAUUGUUCUGCUGUGCUGGAUUCUGCACACUUUUCCAUUGCAACCAAACUGCUUGAGGUGGAUUCCGGAGAACUCCAAAGCAGCCUUACAAACCACUCCAUCAUUAUUCGAGGGGAAAGUGUCUCUAUGACACUAAGUGUGGCCCAAGCUGCUGAUGUGAGAGAUGCCUUUGUAAAGGGGAUCUAUGGCCUCCUCUUCCUUUGGAUAGUAAAUAAGAUCAAUGCUGCAAUUUACAACCCACCCUCUCAAGAACAUAAAAAUAUGUGCAGGUCCAUUGGGCUACUGGACAUCUUUGGCUUUGAAAAUUUUAACUCAAACAGUUUUGAGCAGCUGUGCAUCAACUUUGCCAAUGAGCACCUCCAGCAGUUCUUUGUGGUCAACAUCUUCAAAUUGGAGCAGGAGGAAUAUUUGUCUGAGCACAUAACCUGGAAUCACAUUGAUUUCACUGAUAACUGGGCAGCUUUGGAAGUGAUUGCACUCAAACCCAUGAAUAUUGUGUCGCUCAUUGAUGAGGAAAGCAGAUUUCCUAAGGGAACAGACACAACCAUGUUAAACAAAAUCAACUCUCAUCAUGUCAGAAGCAAAGUCUACCUUCCGCCAAGGAGUGUUCAUGAUACAGUCUUUGGUAUCAACCAUUUUGCCGGUGUUGUUUAUUACCAGUCGACAGGUUUUCUUGAGAAGAAUCGUGACACACUUAACUCGGACAUAAUGCAGUUGGUUCAUUCAUCCAAAAACAAGUUUCUCAGACUGAUCUUCCAAGUGGACACAGCCACGAAUGCGGUGCCUUUUGGCCGUGGGAGUAUCAAACAUCUUAGAGUGAAUCCCCUCAAGUCAUUGUCCUGCCGUGGUUUUGUGCAGUCCAGAACAUCACCUCCUGCUUUUGGACAGGGAUCAGAUUCCACUAAACGCCUGUCUACACUAGGGGGUCAGUUCAAACAGUCUCUAGAACAGCUGAUGAAAAUCCUGGGUAGCUGCCAACCGUAUUUUAUCCGCUGUCUUAAACCCAACGACUACAAGAUGCCUAUGCAGUUUGAUCGAGAACUCUGCAUUCGACAAUUGCGUUACUCUGGGAUGAUGGAAACCAUUCAGAUUAGGAAAUCUGGCUAUCCAGUUCGCUAUAGUUUUGCAGAUUUCUUUGACAGAUACAAGGUCCUGCAGCCAGUGUCACCUCGAGAACAGUUGAAGAACGAUCCUCGCCAGUGUUGCAUUGACAUCUGUAAGAAGUUGAUUGGAAAAGACAAUGAGUGGAAAAUUGGAAGAACCAAAGUUUUCCUAAAAGACUACCAUGAUACAAUACUGGAGGUGCAGCGAGACAAAGCACUCACAGAGAAAGUCAUUCUAAUUCAGAAAGUGCUGAGGGGAUUCAAAGACAGGAAACAGUUUCUGAGGCAGAGACGCUCAGCUGUGGUUAUUCAGACAGCCUGGAGGGGCUAUUGCUGUCGGAAGAACUUCAAGAUGAUCAUGUUGGGGUUUGAACGCCUGCAAGCCCUUUUCCGGAGCAGACAGCUUGUGAAGCAGUACGAGACAGCCCGAGCGAGUGUGAUUAAGUUCCAAGCUUUAUGUCGAGGUUACUUGAUGCGCCAGAAAACAACUGAACAGCUGAAAGCUGUUUGUGUGAUACAGGCUUAUGCCAGGGGAAUGUUUGCUCGUAGGAGUUUCCAGAGAAUGAGGAGACAGCAGCAACACAAACUGGAAGCCAGAAAGCUGUGCUUGGAGGAAGAUAAGCAUCUCCUUCCAAUAACUGGAGCAAAGAAAGGAAAGGAGGAAGCUUUUAGAAUAGAAAAGCUAGGCCUAGUUGCUCUGAAACAUGAAGUGGAUGCUGGUAAGCUAAAGAAACAGAACAAAAAACACGAAGCACUAUAUGAUGCCAUCAGUGACCAGGAAAUGGUGGACAGAGUGUUUGGUUUCUUACCUCCUUUAAUUGGAGGGCAGGAAGGGGACGCUCCCCUGGGCUUUGAGGACCUGGAAACAAAGACCCAGCCACACAAUCUGAAUGAGGUGGACCUGGAUAUGAUCCCUAUGACCAUGGAGCCUUUGGAGGAGGAGGAGAUUGAUGACCUAGCAGAUUACACAUUUCCCAAAUUUGCAGCCACUUACUUUCAGGGAUCCUCUACACAUACACACAUUCGGCGGCCACUGCGCCAUCCACUGCUCUACCAUGAUGAAAAGGAUGAUAUUCUGGCAUCUCUAGCUGUAUGGACUAUUAUCUUGCAAUUCAUGGGUGAAUUACCAGAGCCAGUGAAGAGUACCAACAGCAAGAGCAGCUCUGAGGUGACUCAGAUUUAUGAUAGCGUUGGUAAAAAGAGCCAGCUGCAGCCCAUUAGCAGUUACAGUCCUGAUCUGCUAGACAUCAGGAGGAAUAACAAGUUCUCCAAGGCAGUUUCGUCUGUGAAAUUAAAACGCAGCUCCAAAAUGACCGGAAAGGUGGCGAGUCAGAUGACUAAUGGGGAAGACAUAUUCCAAGAGGAGAGCACUAUGUCUGAGAGACCUAUGUCUAACCUUGAAAAAGUGCACUUCAUUAUUGGCAAUGCUAUCCUAUGUCCUGCCAUCAGGGAUGAGAUUUACUGCCAGAUCUGCAAGCAACUCACUGAUAAUAACAACAAAACUAGUUAUCUUAGAGGAUGGAUCCUGCUGUCACUUUGUCUUGGUUCUUUCUCUCCUUCAGACAAGUUUGUGAAGUACUUGCUGAAUUUCAUCCAGAGUGGACCAAUAUUGUAUGCACCAUACUGUUCUGAAAGGCUGAGGCGCACAUAUAUGAAUGGGACACGGUCUGAACCACCUAGUUGGCUGGAACUACAGGCAACAAAGAGUAAGAAGCCUAUUACGCUCAGUGUGACCCUGAUGAAUGGCAGCAGCAUCACAGUUCCUGCAGAUUCAGCCUCCACUGCAAAGGAGAUCUGCCAGCUGGUAGCUGAUAAAAUGAAGCUGAAGGAUACAUUUGGUUUUUCUCUCUACAUUGCUUUGUAUGACAAGGCUUGGUCACUAGGCAGUGGACGAGAUCACAUAAUGGAUGCCAUUUCCCAGUGUGAACAACUGGAACGGGAGAAAGGUGGCCAUGAGCGCCACACUCCCUGGCGUCUCUACUUCAGAAAAGAGAUCUUCACUCCCUGGCACAACUCCAAAGAAGAUCCCGUCAGCACUGAGCUCAUCUAUCAUCAAAUCAUCCGUGGUAUUCGGUUUGGAGAAUACCGUUGUGAGAAGGAGGAGGACAUGGUGGAGAUAGGAGCCAAAUAUUGCUAUGUCCAGUUUGGAGAGACCAUCCAAAAUGAGUUGGUUCAAAGCAUACUCCAGGAGUGUAUCCCAACAAAGCUACUAAGAUCCAAAUCCCAAGAAAAGUGGGUGAGCCUAAUCACGUAUGCGCAUGCUAAGGCCCCUUACACGCAGGACCGGCUUUCCCCUCAGAGUGUGAAGGAGCAGCUGGUGGAUUUUGCCCGCUUUCAGUGGCCUCUGCUCUUUUCUAGGUUCUUUGAAGUCACCAAAUUUUCAGGACCCAGCUUGCCCAAGAAUCAUUUCAUAGUGGCAAUUAAUUGGAAAGGCAUCUGCUUCCUAGAUGAUUCAGAAAAGAGACUUCUGGACCUGUCUUUUCCAGAAAUUACUGGCAUUCACACCAGCAGGGGAGUCAAGACAUUUGGACAAAGUUGCACCCUCACCACAUUGCGUGCAGAAGAGUUUGUCUUGACAUCAGUCAACAGUGUUGUCAUUGCAGAGCUAGUGGUCAUGUUUCUUGAAGGCCUGAAAGAGAGGUCACAGUAUGCUGUGGCAAUGCAGGAGAAUAAACAGCAAGAUGAUGCCACUAUUCUGGCCUUUAAGAAGGGGGAUCUGCUGAUUUUAACUCAGGACAGAGGACUAGGAGAAAGCCCUGGCUGGAUCUAUGCUCAGAAUGAGCGAACUGAUAGAUCUGGGCUUGUGUCACGAGGUGCCAUCUAUGUUAUCCCUACAGUUACAAAACCUUCUAGUCAACUACUGGGUUUGCUGAUGAUGUCGCCUGAACAACGGAGGUUGGCAUCGCUAAAUUCUCGCACGGAGGAACCUGAGGAAGAGGAAGUAAAGGUGAAGCCAUAUACUCUUGAAGAAUUCUCCUAUGAGCAUUUCAGACUUCCGGAGAAGGAGUCCAUCAGCAAGGCUGUCUUACACAAGUCCCGUGGGCGGAGUCAUCUGUGGGCUCACUCUCGGGAGCCCCUGAAACAGCCCUUGCUGAAGAAAGUGUGCACCAACCCAGACCUCUGGGACCUGGCUUGCCAGUCCUUCAUUGCUAUCAUGAGAUACAUGGGAGACUACCCCUCAAAGCAAGACAGAUCUCCUGUAGAGCUCACUGAUCAGAUAUUUGUAGUGGCAAUCCAGGAAGAACUUCUGCGUGAUGAGAUCUACUGUCAGAUCAUGAAACAGCUGACAGAGAACAGCAACAGGUACAGCCUGAACAAUGGCUGGCAGUUACUCUGGCUCUGCACAGGCCUUUUCCCUCCCAGUAAAUCCCUGCUGAAACAUGCUCAGAAGUUCAUGGAGACACGUCAGAAGGAGAACCUGGCUUUGGACUGCAGACGUAGGAUCCAGAGGGUGCUGAGGAGUGGCUGUCGGAAGUGGGCCCCACACAAUGUGGAAGUGGAGGCAAUUCAGAAAAAUAUCACCAAGAUCUCUCACAAAGUUUACUUUCCAAAUGAUACAGAACAGGUGUUUGAGGUAGGAACAAACACAAAAGUACGGACUCUGUGUCAGACUAUUGCCUGCAAGUUGGAACUGAGUACCUGGGAAGGAUUUAGCCUGUUUGUCAAGAUUGCAGACAAGGUGAUCAGCCAGAAUGAGGCAGAUUACUUCUUUGACUCCUUGAGACAGGUGACUGAUUGGACGCGGAGGAACAGGCCUGGCAAAGAGGUGGCUCCCAUAACUGUGAAUUACCAGGUAUAUUUCAUGAGAAAAUUAUGGCUAAAUGUGACUCCUGGGAAAGACUUGAAGGCUGACUGCAUCUUUCAUUACCACCAGGAACUGCCGAAGUAUCUACGAGGCUAUCACAGAUGUUCAAAAGAGGAUGCUGUCCACUUGGCUGGGCUGAUUUUCAAAGUUCACUUUAACAAUAAUCGAAUGCAAUAUGCAGCAAUUCCCAAAACACUGAAGGAACUAGUGCCUGAUAACAUGAUCCGAACAACGUCUCCAGAGGAGUGGAAACGGAGUAUCAUUUCUGCCUCCAACAAACAUGAACAGAAAACCAUGGAUGAGGCCAAGAUUGCCUUCUUGAAGUAUAUAUAUCGUUGGCCAACAUUUGGCUCAGCCUUUUUUGAAGUGAAGCAAACCUCGGAGCCAAAUUUCCCUGACAUUGUACUGAUUGCUAUCAACAAACAAGGAGUCUCCUUAAUACAUCCAAAGACGAAGGAGAUCUUAACAGUUUAUCCCUUCACUAAAAUCUCCAACUGGAGCAGUGGCAGCACAUACUUCCACAUGACCAUAGGGAACCUGGUACGAGGAAGUCGAAUCCUUUGCGAGACAUCUCUGGGAUACAAAAUGGAUGACUUGUUGACAUCAUAUGUGCACCUGUUAAUGAAUGCUGUAAACAAACAGAAGAAUCCCCGUCUCCCUGCCUGAGGAUAGCAGUCAUCCAUAACUCUCAGACUGUGCCAAAAUGACAAUAUUUGAUAUCUUGGAAGAAAUUCAUUUUUUUAACUUUGUAUCUGUUCCUGACCCUAGAGGAGUAAACCAUAAAAUUGCUGCUGUAGCAGAAACAUAUGUGGGGUUAUGCUGGCAUAUGUUAAGCUUAAUCAUUUCUUAUGUUAAGUGUAAUCAUUUUUGGCUCAGUGUACAUGUUCUGGAAUUUCAACAUGGCUGGGUUUUAUUCCAAGAUAAUCCCUCUUUUCCAGUAAUGGACACCUCCUU